UACAUUGUGUGCAUUGUGUACAUAUAGAUGUGGAUGGAAUGCGCAUGAAUAACUUUAAAGUUUCAAGAAAUAAACUACCUAUGUUUAUUAUCGUCUUUUAAUUAUAUUCUGUGAACUUUUUUGAAUAAUAUAAUUAAACGUUUCUUGCAAUUUAUAUGUCUACAAUAAUAUCAUUUGUUUGCUGUCAGAGAUACCUCCUUAUUCUACUAGCAAAAUUAUACUCUUAGCAAUAACCUUUGUAAACUAUGUGGACCGAUAUUGUCAAUUUGACUCUGAAUAAUUAAUAUUUAUUGCGUAAAACUGAUUAUAAAUUGCUGCAAAGUAUCAGGGAUAACAUUACCGGUAAAAUGGCAUCAUCACUAUCAGCAUAUUGGGUGAAAUUCUUUAAAGGUGCAGGAUUUCCUCAAGAUGUAGCCACAAAACAUGCAGUUGUAUUUUCUAAUAAUCGUAUUAAACCAGAUAUGUUGCCAGAUUUAGAUAAACCUAGCCUCAAAGAAAUGGGAAUAACGCUAAUGGGAGAUAUGAUUGCUAUUUUAAGGUAUGCAAAAAAGGUUGUCGAAGAAACGACCUGUGAAAAAUUCCUUGUUGAUACUGAAGAUACCCUUGGAAUACCUAAACCGAUGGUUAAAAAGGUUGUGUCUAAAGCAUCUACGAAAGCAGUGACUUCUAAAAUUAAACCUGAUACUGUAACUACAAAAAAGAUCCUGAAAGUUCCAAGUACUUCAAUUAAAAAACCUACAUCCAUUAAGAAACCAGCAUCUGUAUCGGCUGAAAUAAUUACAAAUCUUACUAAUCAAAAGAAACAAACGAUUCUUAAAAGAAAAUUAGAAGAACAAGAUGAAGAUGAAUUUGAUAACAAUGAACAUAAAUGGAAUGAAACAGCUAAGAAGGUAAAGUCUCUGGAUAAUAAAGAUGAUGCUGUAGAAUACACUGUGAUACUUCCAAAAGGAACAACGCCUCGAAGUCAACAAAUUUUAAAAAAGUCUAUAGAACAAAAACGAACUGUAUUCGAUAGGUUGGGUGACAGUUCUGUAACUAGCACUACAAAUCCAGGCGAAACGUCACCGACGUUUAACAUAACCGGGCUAGGAAAAGAUGUCUUUAAAAGAUCUGUAAGUGUUUUUAACCGACUAGGAGAUAAAGAUGCUAAAAAGGAUAAUGUAACCCAGACAGGAAUAUUGAAAAAUGGUACAACUGGUACAGGAAUAUUAAAAACCAACACAAGAACUUCAAUUAUUACAACAAACAAAAUCAUACCAAAAAAUGUAGGAACGAUGCGAGCUGAUCAAGAAGCAAGUAAAAAAAGUAUGUCAAAUAACGUUGCACAAUUAGUAAAAACAACUAAAAGGAUUUCUUUUAACAAUGCAUCCUCAAAUGGUACAAGAGCAAUUACAUCCAAUGUUGUUUCUGGAAAAUUAGCCUCAGAGCGAUUAACUUCUAUACCGGCAAAGGCACGUUUAGGAGCGAUCAAAACAAAUGGUGCUAAACAAGUAACAUUUGAUAGGGUCGCGACGGUAGCUCAUGUCAAGAAACCGGAUGUUUUUAGUCGCCUUGGAAUUUGAGAAAUUAUUUACAUUAAUUAUGCCUUUCUUUAACUAAAAUAAUAUUUAUGUUUGUGAGUAAGAAUUCUUUGUACAAAGUUAAAUAUUUUAUUAUGUAAAAUGUAAAAGCAAAGAAAAUAUUAAUUAUUAAAUCAUAUUAAAAAUUAAAUACGGUCAUGCUAUUGAAGUAUUUCCGAGUAUCUCGUAGCAAAUUACAACCAGAUAUUUAUUUUUAAUUUCUUACAACA